CGCUCAGUCGCCACACGCUCGGCGGCGUCCUCGCGACUCGCGCCGCAGUCUGCGCCCGACUCGCGACCACGAGCGUCGCUUGUGUUGUUUUGAUGAAUGUUCCGUUAUUGUUAUUCACGAAUCGCUUCGUAUUCGCAAUACACCGCACGCUCCGGUACUCACAAACUAUAAACACUUCCCAUCUUCAUUCAGCGUAAUCGGCGGGACCGGCUCAAAACUUCUUCAGUGAUUGUUUGUCUGAACUGUCAGUGCGCGUGUUGUGCUUUAUCGAUAACAUAACCUGUACGGCUUCAAGGGCACAGGGGAGCGACACAUCGUUGUGCUUUGGAUGCGGUGUUGUAACGGCUCGACUGAGUCCAGCGGUUGAUCUUAUAAAAUUAUAAGUGGGCGUAUUCAAAAGUUUGAGAAUCGAUCGGCUGACGUGCGUGCGUGGGAUUGAAUUUACGUAAUCUUUGUUUACCUUGGGAAUAUGCAUUGUGCUAACUGUCCGCUGUGACAACACUCACUAUAUUUUAUCACAAUCUCACUGUCAACUUUCCUGUCUAGAUCCUUCGACUUCCUUUUACGGGUCAGCCAGCGUUUGAAGACGAUUAAUACGAGAACUGAUUGUCAAAGCUUUAAAGCUUGUUCACUACAUCACACCAGAUGGUAUCUGGAAUGAGCCAAAUUAUUAACCAACUGUACCGACCUCCGGAUCGCACGUCCAGAGCGUGGGCGUGAGAUGGCACGCGCGGGCAUGUUGCACAGGGGAGGACAAAAUGGUGCCGACGGGUGUGAUGACGUACAGCGUUCUCUGGAGCUACUGGACCAAGUGUUAAGUGAGUACGACGAGGGUGAGCCGCGCUCGCUGGAGGCCCGCGCCGCUGCCACGGCUGCCACUCCGGCCACGCCAGCCACGCCCGCUACUCCUGCCACGCCAGCUACUGACGACGAUUCGCCGCUCGCAGGACAUACUUCAGAGGACGAUGGAUACAUGAGCAUGAACGGAAGACGAGCGAAAUUCGCGCUAGGGUUCCGGCCGACAGAGGAGCGCGAGGAGCCUUCGCCCCCCGACCCGCCGUCUCCGCGCUCCCCGCACUCGCCGCGCUCGCCGCCGCCGCCGGAGGAGGCUCAGCGGAUCAUCUCCACGUUGUUACCCAAGUACGAUAUCACAUUACCUGGCUACAAAACAAUACAAUACCUGCACACUCCCAACUCCAGGUACAGCAUAGAUCUGUCCACGCCCAAUUCCAGACUUAGCAAGGAGAUGACGUCGCCCAAGUCCAGACUCAGUUUAGAUCUCAACAACGGCCAAGAUAGGUACAUCAACCCGGAAUUUUUCGGACACAGUCCUAAGAGCAGAAAAGUUAAUGCAGAAAAAUCCGUAACACCCAAGAGUAAUGUUUCUCAAAGCAAACUGUCGCCGCAGAACAGAUUUACUGAUUUCAAAAAGUAUUCGUCUACAUUCGAUAACAUUCAAUCGUUAAUCAAAGAAGGAAAAGUGGAGGAAGCUCCGCAAAUAGAAUGUAACGAGACGGUGAACGAGCUGACCACGGUCCCACCGAACAUAGUCCGAGUGAUAUCUCUGCCGAGUCUCGGCGAGGGGGAGGGGAACGGCGCGGGGCGGCAGGCGCUCAUCACCACGGUGGAGGAGGAGGAGGACGCGGAGAGCGGGGAGCCCGGCUCCAGCGGGGACACCUCGCCGCUCCGCAAGAUCGAAAAUAAUAUUAGCGCUAUUCUAAGUCAGGGACGGGACCAAAAACACUUUACACCGUACAUGCCUAAAGACUGGAAUAUACAUAAGGACGAGUAUUGUGAUGAUGUAUCUAAGGAGAUUUUAGAAACCAAUUACCGUUAUAGCUCUAGGGACAAGCAUAGGAGACACGACAUCCAGAAGUCAUCCAGCCACAAUGAAAUACAAAACAGGUCGAUGGACCGCCGUGACCGGUCAUCCGGCCGCCGGUCGAACAGUAUGCACAAGUCGACCAGUUCGAAGGACGCGCCCGUUGGCUUAGUGCGUCAGCCCUCGUCGUCGGACUCGGCGGUGUCGAGCGGGGGAGACUUUCCACUAAAUGUCCAAAUAGUGGAACACCCGUACAGGCCUCCUUUGCCCCCGUCGCCCAACCUCGGCCACGAGAGAGGACCCCUUCCUCAGACUCCCGAGUCUCCUAAAUUCCCUCCGCUGCCGCCGUCCCCGGUGCAAGAAGUCGAGGACGAAUACACGGAGAUAAUGCAACCGACUGAGCGCCGUCAUGUUAAAAAAGCCGAUACCUUACCAACCCCCACACUGGAGUCUAGAAGGAGGCCUUCGGAGCCGCCGGCGGUGCCGCCGCACCGGGACGCCACCAACAGCCUCAAGACGCGCUCCAUGGAGGCCGGAUACAACAAGAACCGCAGGAGCAGCAACUUCAAAUCUGGUUCCACAGACAGAAGAACUUUACCAACAGAUGUUGGUGCAAGUGGGGCACGCCGACGCACCCUGCAGCGUCAGAACCGAGAGCCGAGUGCGGGGUCCCGCGGCCCGCUGCAGACAUCUGCGAGCCUGCCCGAGACGCCGGUAUUCGCGCGCGGCUGCGACGUGCCUCGAACACCGCCCAGGAACUCCACGGGGCCGCCGCGCAACAAUACUAUGAAUUCUAUACAGACCAUAGGGAGUUCAGCGACGCUGGGCGGGUACGGGCGCGGGUCUGUGAUGGGCGCGGCGGGCGUGUGCACGGGCGCAGACCUGCUGCGGCUGGGCGGCCCGCCGCGCGGCUGGUACCCACGACAACGACACAGGCCCGCGUCGACAGAACACUUAGACAGACUGACUACAUCGUCCAAGAUAGGCGUAGACCACCCCGUGGCGUGGGAAGGUACCGGCGCGCGCAAGCCGCUAACUCUCCCGCCAAACCUAACGCCCAAAUUCUUCCAGAAAUCACCGCGAGAAGCGCUUCGUAGAGUCACGAGCUUAUUAAUAAGAAAAGGUAAUAAUGGUAAGGAGAAGGAGAAUGCUCGCAGCAAGGAGGCAACGUCGCCGGCAGCGCGCUCCGCUAAUGGCGAUGAACAUCCAGGACAGAAACAACGCAAAGGAUUCUUCAGAAGCUUCUGGAAAAAAUCUCGCCACUAUUCCUUGGAGCAUCCGUGACGAGACAACUCGAACUGUGGUAUGACCAUGAAGUCUCUUCCGUAGCCACUGCGAGUGGGGAAGGAACUACGUGACAAGCGCACGUAACUAUUUAUUAAGUAUGUACACCACGCCGCGCGUUAAAUAAGUCAUUUCUGUUGUUUCGAUCUAAAUAAUGUUAUAUUAAUUCAAUGAUUUCACGCAAGAGAAAUAACAUUGGAGUUAGAAAUAAAACGUUUGCCAUAGGACAUGGAAGCUGCCAGCACUGUUCGCACAUUACAAUACGCGACUUUUUACUUUGUCUUGUCUGUUGUAUUCUUUACAGGCUCUGUUGAGUCAGUUGUAUAGCGUUACUUAAGGUUAUAUAACAACGCAUAAUUUAUUUGUAAGAUGAUAAUAAGCAUGAAUUUUGUGCAAUUUUAAAACUUUUCUUUCUUAUAAAUAGAUGUAGAAAUGUAGAUAGAUGACCAUGUAGUAACUUAUGUACAUCCAAGGUUUUCUUUUUAUUGGUAUUUAUAAGUAAUUGUAAUUGCAAAUCAACCCCUAUGUAUUCGCAAAACUAUUUAUGCCGAGUUAUUGAAUCUACGCUUUAUCUACACACAACUAAUGUAAGAUUAACUUUUAACUGAAUCGUUGGAUACUAAUUACUUUGUACUGUACUGUACUGUACUGUGUUGUACUGUAGGGUUAGAUCGUGCAAGAUGGUCCUCGUGUGUUCCGUAUGAUGCAUCUUGAAGAACCAAAUCACUUGAUAGGCAGUAGAUGAGUCUUUACAUUUUAUACCGAUCCUUGUAUUCGAGUGUACUUAACUCUUAUUACUGUAGAUUUUGUCAAGGAAAAUAAAUUAUGUUCAUUAGCAAUAAA